CGGGCCUGCAGUGGGUUCUUGGCUUCCUUCCGGUGCCGGGUUGUCUCUGCGUCCCUGCUCGUCGCCUGCUAUGGGGGAGGCGGAGAAGUUUCACUACAUCUACAGCUGUGACCUGGACAUCAACGUGCAGCUCAAGAUAGGGAGCUUGGAAGGGAAGAGAGAACAGAAGAGCUACAAGGCUGUCCUCGAAGACCCAAUGCUGAAGUUCUCAGGGCUCUACCAAGAGACCUGCUCCGACCUCUACGUUACAUGCCAGGUUUUUGCUGAAGGAAAGCCUCUGGCAUUGCCAGUGAGAACAUCCUACAAGGCGUUCAGUACGAGGUGGAAUUGGAAUGAAUGGCUAAAACUACCUGUGAAAUACCCCGACCUGCCCAGGAAUGCCCAGGUGGCCCUGACCAUAUGGGAUGUGUAUGGACCAGGAAAAGCAGUGCCUGUGGGAGGGACAACCGUGUCACUCUUUGGAAAAUAUGGCAUGUUUCGCCAAGGAAUGCACGACUUGAAAGUCUGGCCGAACAUGGAGGCCGAUGGCUCAGAACCCACAAAAACCCCGGGCAGAACGAGCAGCGCUGGCUCAGAGGAUCAGAUGAGCCGCCUUGCUAAGCUUACCAAGGCUCAUCGGCAAGGACACAUGGUAAAAGUGGAUUGGUUGGACAGACUGACGUUUAGAGAGAUAGAAAUGAUAAACGAGAGUGAAAAGCGAAGCUCUAAUUUCAUGUACUUAAUGGUUGAGUUCCGCUGCGUCAAGUGUGAUGAUAGAGAAUAUGGCAUUGUUUACUAUGAAAAGGAUGGUGAUGAAUCUUCCCCAAUUUUAACAAGUUUUGAGUUAGUGAAAGUUCCUGAUCCUCAGAUGUCUAUGGAGAACUUAGUUGAAAGUAAGCACCAUAAGCUUGCACGGAGUUUAAGAAGUGGACCUUCUGACCAUGAUCUCAAACCCAAUGCCGCUACAAGAGAUCAGCUAAAUAUUAUUGUGAGUUAUCCGCCAACCAAGCAGCUUACAUAUGAAGAACAAGAUCUGGUUUGGAAGUUUAGAUAUUAUCUUACUAAUCAAGAAAAGGCUCUGACAAAGUUCUUGAAGUGUGUCAAUUGGGAUCUACCCCAGGAGGCCAAACAGGCCUUAGAGCUUCUGGGAAAGUGGAAGCCAAUGGAUGUGGAGGAUUCUUUGGAGCUGCUGUCCUCUCAUUACACCAACCCAACAGUGAGGCGCUAUGCUGUGGCCCGCUUACGGCAGGCCGAUGACGAGGAUUUGUUGAUGUACUUGCUCCAGCUGGUCCAGGCCCUGAAAUAUGAAAAUUUUGAUGACAUAAAGAAUGGAUUGGAACCGACCAAGAAGGAGAGUCAAGGUUCAGGGUCAGAGAGCCUGUCAAAUUCUGGAAUCAGUUCUGCAGAAGUAGAUAGCUCCCAAAUUAUAACCAGCCCUCUUCCUCCAGUGUCUUCUCCUCCUCCUGCGCCGAAGACAAAAGAAGUUUCAGAUGGAGAAAAUCUAGAGCAAGAUCUAUGUACCUUCUUGAUAUCAAGAGCCUGCAAGAACUCCACACUGGCUAAUUAUUUAUACUGGUACGUGAUAGUGGAGUGUGAAGAUCAGGACACGCAGCAGAGAGAUCCGAAGACACAUGAGAUGUACCUGAAUGUCAUGAGGCGGUUCAGCCAAGCACUGCUGAAGGGUGACAAGUCAGUCAGAGUCAUGCGCUCCCUGCUGGCUGCACAGCAGACUUUCGUAGAUCGGCUGGUGCAUCUGAUGAAAGCGGUCCAGAGGGAAAGUGGGAACCGUAAGAAGAAGAAUGAAAGACUACAAGCAUUGCUUGGAGAUAAUGAAAAGAUGAAUUUGUCAGAUGUGGAGCUGAUCCCAUUGCCCUUAGAGCCACAGGUGAAAAUAAGAGGAAUCGUCCCGGAAACAGCUACACUGUUUAAGAGUGCUCUUAUGCCUGCUCAGUUGUUCUUUAAGACAGAAGAUGGAGGCAAGUACCCAGUUAUAUUCAAGCAUGGGGAUGACCUGCGUCAAGACCAGCUUAUUCUUCAGAUCAUCUCCCUCAUGGACAAGCUGUUAAGGAAAGAAAACCUGGACUUGAAAUUGACACCUUAUAAGGUACUAGCUACCAGUACGAAACACGGCUUCAUGCAGUUCAUCCAGUCAGUUCCUGUCGCUGAAGUUCUUGAUACUGAGGGCAGCAUUCAGAACUUUUUUAGAAAGUAUGCCCCAAGUGAGACUGGGCCCAACGGCAUCAGUGCAGAAGUCAUGGACACUUACGUCAAAAGCUGUGCUGGGUACUGUGUCAUCACAUACAUCCUUGGAGUUGGAGACCGGCACCUGGAUAACCUUUUGUUAACAAAAACAGGCAAACUCUUCCACAUAGAUUUUGGGUAUAUUUUGGGCCGAGAUCCGAAGCCUCUUCCUCCUCCAAUGAAGCUGAAUAAGGAGAUGGUGGAAGGAAUGGGGGGCACACAGAGUGAGCAGUACCAGGAGUUCCGAAAACAGUGCUACACAGCGUUUCUCCACCUGCGGAGGUAUUCAAAUCUGAUUUUGAACUUGUUUUCCUUGAUGGUUGAUGCAAACAUUCCAGAUAUUGCUCUUGAACCAGAUAAAACUGUGAAAAAGGUUCAGGAUAAGUUUCGUUUGGACCUGUCAGAUGAGGAGGCUGUGCACUACAUGCAGAGUCUAAUUGAUGAGAGUGUCCAUGCACUGUUUGCUGCAGUGGUGGAGCAGAUCCACAAAUUUGCCCAGUACUGGAGAAAAUGAAAGCGGCCCAUCAUCAUGCCUGCCUGGCUCUGUGACAGAAGGCAGGCAUGCCACUACUGUACACUGAAGACGCCAGAGAAGCUCCCAAGGCAGAGAGAGUGCAGACUGCAGCACGCCCAAAUUCUCUCUCCUCAUACAGAAGUUGCAUUUUGCCUGGAUUCUGUCUCUGUGAAUGCCGCUGCUUAAAUUGGGGCUUAAAGUAUUUGUUUAAAAACACGGUCUAUAGAGGAGGAGUGAGUGAUAGCUCAUACCUGUAAUCACAGCAGCACUCAGGAUGCUGAGGCAGGAGGAUUGCCACCUGUUCUAGACCAAUCUGGGCAGCAUAGUUCAUUCCAGGCCUGCCAAAAACAACUGUAUAUAUUUGCUUUAUAAUGUAUAAAGAUGUGAAGAGGAUUAUAUAUGUAUUAUAAGGAUUCUAGAGAACUUUUAUCCUGAAAUGAUAAAAGUGACGUGUCCUUUUCUCUUUCCAUCAGGACAGCACCUGUGCAUAUGCCGUUUCUCAUUUUUGAAGAAAGUUUUUCUCCCUCUCUUCCUCUUUCCUUCUUUUCUCUUCCUCCCUGUCCCCAUUUUUGUUCAUCUGUUUUUACCUAAUCAGCAUAAUGUUUUGCCUUAAAAUUUUCUCAAAGUUCUAUACAUUAUAGCUCAUUCUUUUGCAGUUGAGAUGUUUUUAGAAAGCUUGUGUAGGUGAAAUCAAGAAACCAAGCUGGCAGCGUCGGGCACUGACCCUCUGCCCUACCGUGCCUGCCACAUCAUAGGCAGCACUGAGCAGCUUUGCAGGAGGUGGUUGAGGUAUGCACCAGGACUCACCAGGAGCAGUUAGAGAUCAGUUGUUUCCACCUACAGACAAGUGCAGGGACGGAGGGGGUUAAGGGAGGGGGUGAAGAAAAAUAGCACUUCAAGAAAGGGUUUGUUCUAGUGAGGUGUAGCUCUGUUUCCUAAACUACAGUUCGUAACUCUUCAGAGUUGUAAAUAUGUGAAGUAGAAGAUGAAAAUGUAGCUCUUUGGCCGUGGGGGCCAGCACUGGGAAGGAAGAAGCAGGCAGAUCUCUGUGAGAUCAAGGCCAACCUGGUCUACAUAGGGAGUUCUAGGCUACAGGGAGA